AUGGCGAAACCUCGUCAGCGCAGGAAGUCGCGUUCGGGCAACUCGAACGGAGCCUCGCAGAACGCGAAGAGGAACAUGAAGAAGAGACUGCAUCGAGCGCCCGCCAUCAAAGGUCCCGACGUCCUCAGGGAGAAUUGGGACAAGAAGCUUACACCCAGACAAAAGUGAGUGCGCUCGUAGGCACCAAGGUCUGACUGAAGCAGCUUCGCUGAUCAAAUUUGAUUUGACCACCUUGCGAUCUGCUGUUGACAGCUUUGCAAAGCUAGGCUUGUUGUCUGAUUUGCGAUUGCGCGAUAGUGGAGGUGCGGAAUCGCUCAAGGGACUACCUCUGAGCAUCACUGGCUCGAGCAGGACCUUUGGGGCACAAAGCUCCAGCGCUGCCCCAGUGGUCAGAAAGGGCAUGGGACGCAUCACACGCGAUGCGGAUGGCAAUGCACAGGUUGUAGAGGAUGAAGAAGAGGAUGAAGAGACGCCUUGGGGCAGACCACUCGAUACCUUUGGACACGAAACAGUGCAAAUGGAUGAGCGCAUGUAUGUGAUGAGAGCGCCGACGGACAAUGAAGACGGCAAUGAGGGUGAGGAUGAGGACCAGAGAAGUACGAGCGAAGAGGUAGACGAUCUGGCCGGCGGAAGUCAGGAAGCCAUGCGGCCCUUGCCCGAGGCUGCUCAAGGCGCGUCUGCCAAGACAAAGGUCGUCGAGUGUGAGUAACCUUGAAGAGCUCGUUCGUGCGCACGGGCGAGAGCUGACGUCCCCGUGCACCCGACGUCCCUACUGCACCUUUAGCUCUGGAAGCGCUUGCAGCCACAGCACGACCGGUACCUCGGCACCAAUCCAUCCUAGAGAGAAGUUGGCUUCAAAGAUUGGUAGAGUCGCACGGAGACGAUGUGGAAAGCAUGGUCGUGGACAAGCGCGGAAAUCCCUGGCAGAAGACGGCAGGAGAGAUCAGGAGAGCGUGAGUGACGCGCACUCUGACUGCUUGUGAUGGUAGGCUUUUGGUCGAGCUGUGAUGCUGAUUCUGGUGUCUCAAUGCUCUGUAGGAUCAAAAAGGCUGGAGGAGUGGCAGCCAUCCGAGCUUCUCUGUAG